AUGUCUUUGGAAGACGCCAUGGAUGUCGACGAGAAAGCGAACCAUGGUAUCCAUCUUGCCAGCAACAGCGUUCGAUACUCCAAUUCACCCAGGCGGGGAGUCACGAUAGAGCAACCGCAGAGUCCAACGAAGAGCGUACAUCCUGAACAUAGCGGCAUGGUCGGCCAUAUGGAGUCUAUCGAUAGCCAGGCUGACCUCGGAAAACGAACCAUUGAUCUGUUUGACUAUGAUUCGGAUGGGGAAGAAGGCCUGCCUCGAGCUUUGACCAUGGACACCUUUGAUACACGGCCUCGAUCACGAUCGACCUCACCCGCAAAGCGAAAAGAGAUGCCUCCUUCUGGUCAGUCGUUUGCAUCGAAAUGUGAGCCCAAACGAGUGAGCAUGAAAGCGUUGGAGCCCGACUCGGAAGGCUACGAGCGAAUGGAUUCAAAUCUUGAUCAAUAUAUUGAUCAUGGCAGUGCAAGCCAUGAUGAGUCGUACACCGGGUCCGUUGAUGAGUUUCCAGAGGACUCCCGACUGCCCAAGCCAUCUGUCCGACUGUCGGCGACAAACCGCUUUCGCACCUCUGGACUUGGUUGGACUCCCUCGGGACCGUCACCAGCACAUCAAAAGAUGUAUGAGAGUGCUCGUGGGUCGUCAAUGUACUCCGAGAAGAUUGAUCAGAGACUCGGAGUGCAUCAAAUGGCUUACGAGAUGCUCAUUCAAGGCAUGAUGAGUGACCAGGAAUUGAUGGACAACAAACGCGCGACGUUCAAAGAUGGACGGCCGGCGAUGCUGCCGCCUACUCUCCCCACGGACGACCCAAGAAGUCCUCGCGACCAACUCCCCGCCAACCCUUCUCCAGAACGCACGAACUCGCACCGCAGUGUACAGUCUCGAAAGAAAGCACAUUUCAUCCCGUCACCCAUCGACGUCGGUGGUCCGAACCACUACUCGCUACCUGCCGACAUCGUCCGCACUCCAUACCCAUACUCACCCGAGAGCAUUCAGCCCAAUCGAAAAGACUUCCAUCGUUCACCCCCUCCAAUACCCGAAAGUCCUGCCGUCCCUCCGUCCACCGAUCUCCUCCUGACUCUCAGCAUACGACGCUCCAACCCCAAUUCCCCUUCCCGAGUAACCACUCUCACCAUCCCCCAUUCCAACGACUACUCCACCCUCCGCACCAACGAAAAAGGCCAAUCCGUCGGCCACACGUUAUCCCACCACUACGACGACCAAGAACUCUUCCGCCACCUCCACCUGUCCUACAAACACCUCUCUGGCCCCUUCAUCCGCCUCUUCUCCGCCCGCAGUCUCACUCGCAUCGCAAUCAACGGACCCGCCACCCGCGCCGCCGAUGCAGGUUACGGCUGGCUCCUCUCGCCUCGCAGUCCGAGAUUACUCGCUUCUCGUGGACUGACGGAUAGUUUUUCCGAAGAGAAAAUUCUCCAUUUGUAUCGUCAUCCACGUGAAGGGAAAAAUCGGUUUGCGUUUGUUCAUUGGGCGAGGAGAUUGGCUGCUGCUUCUUCUUCUUCUUCUGCUCCUUCUUCUCCUGCUGCUGCUGAUACUCUACUGCCUCACAAGCCAGCGGAUCACCCUGAGCAGGAUGGCGAUACGCGUGGGAUGGGAGAUGUUUCACGAAAAUUCCCUCUCGACAGUCUGAUAGUCAGGGGCGAACAACCCGAAGGAUUGGAAUUUGUAGUGAGUUGGAGUGCGAGAAGAAUCUCAAUUGCGCUUUUGCUCGUGAUUCUACUAGCUAUCCUCGCAAAUUUGCUUUGGGUGUUUUUGGGAAAACAGACUACGCCUGGCGGUGGUAGUGGUGGUGGUUGGCCUGAUGUUUUUGGUGGUCCUGCUACUGCUACUGCUACUGCAGGUUUCAAGGGUGCUGGUGAUCGUGUUGGAACGGGAGUACUUGUGGGAGUUUUGGUGCUUCUGAUUGGAUUGACUACGUUUGGAGGAUGGCUGGGGAUUAGUUGGCUGGUUCUGUGA